AUGGACCUGUACCAGUCGCCAGCCAGUGCUCUGGACAAACUGGUGGCCCACAACCUGCAACCAUCCCCUGAGUUCACAGCAGCAGUGCGGGGUGCUCUGGGGUCCUUGGACACCGCCCUACGGAAGCAGGGAGCCCCAGGGUCACAGAGAGCAAGAGUGAUAAGGAUCGCCAAGGGAGGAGCCUAUGCCCGGGGCACAGCUCUCAGGGGUGGCUGUGAUGCAGAACUUGUCGUCUUCCUCAACUGCUUUAGGAGCUUUGGGGACCAGAAGACCGGACGCACAGAGAUCCUGGGUGCCAUGAGGGCGUCGCUGGAGUCCUGGGGACUACACCCUGGGCCUGGACUGACCUUACAGUUUUCUGAGCCAAAGGCAGCUGGCGUCUUGCAGUUCCGGCUGAUGUCAGCAGAUCGGGAAAACUGGGUGGAUGUUAGCCUGACACUGCUGGACCACAGUGUGGACUUCGACGUGCUGCCAGCCUUUGACGCCCUCGGACAGCUGAGGCCCGGCUCGAGGCCUGAUCCCCAGGUCUACAAGGACCUAAUCCACAGCUACAGCAACGCAGGCGAGUUCUCCACCUGCUUCACGGAGCUGCAGCGUGACUUCAUUAGCACCCGUCCCACCAAACUCAAGAGUUUGAUCCGGCUGGUGAAGCACUGGUACCAACAGGUCUUUGGGGAUUUCUUCAUGCUGUCCGAGGGUGCCUCCCAUGUCGGCAUCCUACAACCCCUUCAGAAGGAUCUAGGUCUCUCCCAAGUAGCCCAUGAGGAACCAGGAGAGUUUCUGCUUGGAGAGGGGGUGGGCCACGGGAGGUUGGAACAGGCUAGCAGGAGGAGAGAGGUGAGUUUUGGGGUGGCUUCUGGGAAGAGCCCACCAAAUCUCUCUCCUCCCCAGCCCACAUCACUCUUCAUCACCCCAAGCCAUUUACUGGACACGUUCAUCAAAGACUUCCUCCAGCCCAAUGAAAAGUUCUUGGAGCAGAUCAAAAAAGCUGUUAACAUCGUCUGUGAAUUCCUCAAAAACAACUGCUUCAAGGACUCAAGCACCAAAGUGCUGAAGGCCAUCAAGGGAGGAUCCACUGCCAAAGGCACGGCUCUGAAGAAUGGAUCAGAUGCUGAUAUUGUAGUGUUUCUCAGCUCACUGAAGAGUUACAACUCCCAAAUAGAGGAGCGUGCAUUGUUCGUCCAGGAAAUCCAGAGGCAAUUAGAAGUCUUCCGAAAGACCCAGGAGCUGGAGGUGGAGUUUGAGCCUUCAAAUUGGAAGGCCCCCAGGGUACUGAGCUUCACCUUGAAAUCCAGGAUUCUCAACGAAAGUGUCGACUUUGAUGUCCUGCCUGCCUAUGAUGCACUAGGUCAGCAGCAUCCUGGCUUCACCUCCAGACCCGAAGCCUACAAGGAUCUCAUUGCAUUAUGUAAAUCAUCAGGCGUCAAGGGGGGAGAGUUUUCCACGUGUUUUACAGAGCUACAGCGCGAGUUCAUUAAAUCCCGACCCACCAAACUGAAGAGUCUGAUUCGCUUGGUCAAGCACUGGUACAAACAGUGUGAAAGGAAAAUGAAGCCCAAAGCAUCCUUGCCCCCGAAGUACGCCCUGGAGCUUCUCACCGUGUACGCCUGGGAGCAGGGCAGCGGCAUGGAGGAUUUUGACACUGCCGAAGGCUUCCGGACCGUCCUGGACCUGGUCAUCAAAUACCAGCAGCUCUGCAUCUUCUGGACAGUCAACUACAACUUCAAAGAUGAGCCGAUAAGGACGUUCCUACUGACCCAGAUCCAGAAAAAGAGACCAGUAAUCCUGGAUCCAGCUGAUCCCACAGGAGACGUGGGAGGAGGUGACCGCUGGUGUUGGCAUCUUCUGGCCAAAGAAGCAAAUGAGUGGCUCUCCUCCCUCUGUUUUGAACUGCAAAGUGGAGACUCGUGGCAGAGAGUGCAGCCGUGGAAAGUGCCAGUAGUACAGACCCCAGGAAGCUGUGGAGCUCAUAUCUACCCCACUGUGGGUAUCUGAGUUGGAGUCCAUCUCCGGGAUGAAAAUGCCAGACAGAUGAAGCCUCUAGAGUCGACUGACUGAUUUAAAGACUCAAGCCAUGUUACAGAAGGGAGCAGGUCCAGUCCUCCCUGGCUGGUCCCCACCUCUCUCCUGCACUCCCAGACGACUCUGCUUGAAAUCAAGACUUUGGAUCUGCUCCCCCCUCCCACCCCAGGGUCUCACAUUGUGGACACCCCUCUGUGCAAGUGACCUUCAGAGAUGCUUGCCCCCAAGCAGCGUGCUGUGUUCCCAUUCUAUAUGUUUUUUUCCUGUUUCCUUCUCUCCCGCCUCUCUUCAGCUCCAGACUCACCCUGUGUCACCAAGGUUGAGCCCCUCCCUUGCCCUUCAUUUCCGGCAGUCCCAGUUAGCUCUCAGUCUCUCACUGCCUCUGUGCUGAGCUCUUCCCUCCAUCCACAGGCCUUCCCUGCCUGUGUGGAAGCAGAGGUGUCCAGCCCAGCCGCCGGCCAACCCUCUCCCUCCACCCCUGCUGUUAAAACAACUUCUCUUGGGGAAAUGUAAACAACAUGUACCCCUCCUCCUAAGGUCCCGGGACAAACCAAGGUCUGAGGAACCAAAGAGUUCUUUGGGCUAACCUGCAGCAUGUGGGUGAGGGGUCAUGGGCAGGGCUGAGGUGACUCUAACUCUGCUGCACUGGAAUGUCGUCACCUACUGUGAAUGGUGGCUUCCCCAGGGCUGCCUAGAGGGCACCCUGUCCCCCAUCUUUCCCCUUACAUCCUCUAACCCCUCCCAGAGACCGCGUGUAAAUAGGGCAGAGCAGCAUACAGCUGGUUGGAACUGGUUGCUGAAGUAAGAGUCCUUAACCUUCCCACACCCCUCUUCCAAGGGGGAAGAAAAACAGUCAG